CAUAAAAUGAUUUGAAGAGGAAGGUAGAAAUGAAAAUUGAAUACUUGGAAGGUGGAUAGAUCGGGAUUAAGGACAAAUAAGAGAAAGUAGGGGAUGGACGGGCCUCCGGCGAACGAUUGGUGCUCUGUUUGCCAUGGACGCUUCAGGGUCCCCUGCCAGGCCAAUUGCUCUCAUUGGUUUUGCGGUGAUUGCAUUAUGCUUGUUUGGCAUCAUGGAUCUGCAAUUCAACCUUGCAAAUGCCCACUAUGUCGUCGUCAAAUUACAUUGUUGGUCCCUAGUGAAACUUCACAAAGGGAGCGUCAUAACCCUGAAGUUGCUGAGAUUUUGCAAAAGGUUCAAGCGUAUAAUCGUCUUUUUGGUGGACAAACUAGUGGUCUCAUUCAGAGAAUGCAAGACCUUCCCUUUCUGCUAAAAAGGUUGUUACGGGAAAUUAUGGAUCCUCAAAGGUCACUUCCUCUUGUCAUCAGGGCACGUGUCUACAUUGCAAUGAUAUUGAGUGCUAUCUACAUUCUGAGCCCUGUAGACAUCAUUCCAGAAGGUAUUCUGGGUAUAGUUGGCCUCUUGGAUGAUUUCCUCAUAGGACUUAUCUGUUUUCUUCAUGUUGCUGCCAUAUAUCGGUCAGUACUGUACUAUCGUCACGGAGGUUCAUGAAUUAUGCAAUAGCAAUAUGUGUUUAAGAUAACAAAUGGUGUUCAUUCAUUCUUCAUCUAAAUUAAACAGGAUUUUGCUUUAAAGAUUUACUUUUGUAUAGUGUUUUUUUUUUUUUUUUUUUGUAAUCUUCUUUUUCUUGAAUAGUAUGCUAACAAUAGCUUUUUUAACCUUUGGAAUCAUGGUAUAGUAGAUGUAAUUGUUUUGAGUUUGAUGAUAGUUGCAUUGGCCAUUUUAACAGUG